AUGGUGAAGUCAUCAUCAUCGGCCUGCGAGAGACUAGUAGAGUUAAAGAAAGGGCCAUGGACUCCUGAAGAAGACCAGAAGCUCAUGUCUUACAUUCAAAAACAUGGCCGUGGAAGCUGGGCUUCCUUGCCUGCUAAAGCUGGACUCAAGAGAUGUGGGAAGAGCUGUAGGCUGAGGUGGCAUAAUUAUCUAAGACCUGACAUCAAACGAGGUAACUUCAGCUCACAAGAAGAUCAAACCAUAAUUCAACUUCAUGCUCUUCUGGGAAACAGAUGGUCGGUGAUAGCUCAUCAUUUGCCAAAAAGAACAGACAACGAGAUCAAGAACCACUGGAACACCUGCCUUAAGAAGAGGCUCACCAGAAUGGGUAUUAACCCCACCACCCACAAGGCCAUCAACGACGCCGCCAACCUCUGCCAUAUGGCUCAGUGGGAGACUGCUCGGCUUCAAGCCGAAGCCAGACAAGUCAAAGAAUAUUCCAAACUUCAGUUUCAGAACCAGCUCGGCUUCUCCUCUUCUUCCCACCAUUCUUGGUUGUCCACUCCGAAGCCCUCAACAGAGAACACCCCCAAAAGGCAUAGCUUGUACGCUAUGAUGCUUGUCACCGGCGACCUCGAGUCGUCGGCGUCCACGUUGAGCUUCCCGCACAACGUACCUGCCAACUCCAAAUGCAUUAAUAGUAAUAUCAAUCGAAGUUCACUUCCUUUCUCCUCCUCCACGACCACCGUGGUCGCAAAUGACAGUGAAAACAAAGUCCGAAGCUUGGGAGACGAGGACAAUAUUAUGGUGGCCGGAGAAGCACUCAGAUCAACAGGGUAUGACUGCAAUUCCCUGGAAGAUCUACAUGAUGACGAUUUGUUGGUGUAUGGAUUUACUGAGAAUUCACCGUUACAACAACAAAACUUGGGAGUGAUCUCAUCAAGUGUUGGAGAUGACUGGGAAGCGAUUCGGGGCCUGGCCAAUGGUUCGCCACUUGUUUUCCCUGCAUUGUGA